AUGGCUAAGGUUCACGCUUUCCCACAAGUUGAAUCUCCUUCUUUCUCUCCCUCUAGUACUUCUUAUAUGUCUUCAAAGUCAGAAACAUUCACUAUAUGGAUGAAAUCACUUGUGAUGCAAACAAAUGGAUGCACAGUUUUUAAUGAAAAUGGCGAGAUUGUUUACCGAGUUGAUAAUUAUGACAAGAAAGGAAGCAAUGAAGUUUAUCUCAUGGAUCUCAAAGGCAAUGUCCUUUUCACUAUACUUAGAAGGAAACUAUUCCUUUUCAGACGAUGGAGGGGUUAUAAAAGUGAUGGCUUAAAAUUAAAAACUCAAAAGCCUUAUUUCCAAAUUAAAAGAAGUUCAGAAAUAUUUGAAGGUGAUUUAUCUUGUCAAAUUACUGUUCGAUCCAGGGAUGCUCAAGAGACUUUCCACUACAAGUUAGAAACCUUAGCUGGAAAAUUAGCAUUCAAGGUUACAAACAGCAACGGGGAAAUUGUUGCAGAGGCCAAGCGAAAGCAAUCAUCUGAAGGAGUAUUAUUAGGAGAUGAUGUACUAACCUUGGCAGUGGAGCCUCAUGUUGAUCAUUCCUUUAUCACGGCACUUGUGACUGUGUACGGAUUGAUGCAUCGUAAACUGUGA